AUGAAAGUACUGCCAACAAGAUACAACUUGCGAGUACAAAUUUACUUGCCUGGAUACAUUGAUUUACCUGCCGACAAAUGGGGCCGGUUCGAAGCGCAAGUGACAAUCGAAUUUCGCAUCAGUGCACCGACAGACCAGAUAACAUUGAAUGCCGAUGAACUGCAGUUUGACAGCUUCCGGCUACUAGGUGAAAACCAUAAUGCUAUAAAAUCUAUGUCAUUGAAUGCCACAAUACAGACAGUGGUAUUUAAGCUAAGUGAGAAACUACGCGGAGAUGAAACGCAUGCUAUACAGAUUAAAUAUUCUGGAAAAAUGGGAAAUCUUUCCGGUUUGUACAUGAUACGGUACCCGGACGAGAACGGGCAGGAAAGGUUUGUUAUUCGUUUUUACGAACAUCAGUAUCCAAAAUAA